ACAUCUCGUGCCGCGGCGCUUCGGAAGGACCCGGCUGCUCCCGGGCGGCGCAGUCGCCUCAGCCGCCGAGCCGGACGGCACCCGCUCGCUGCCCGGCCGCCGCGAUGCCUUAGGGCCGUGUGAGCUGCUCCAGAGGCGCAUUCUUGGUGACGGCCCAGGAGCCAGUCAGCUGGGCUCCCCUCCGGCAUCCUCCCACAGCCCACCCGACCAUGGAGGCCCCGGAGGUCCCAGUGGGCUCACUGAUUGACUUUGGGCCUGAGCCACCGGCCUCCCCUCCCCUGGAGACCCCGCCCCCCACGCUGCAGGAUGGGGACGGCUCCCUGGGCGACGGUGGGUCAGAGAGUGAGACCACCGAGUCGGCAGACAGCGAGAAUGACAUGGGCGAGUCACCCUCACACCCGUCCUGGGACCAGGACCGCCGCUCCUCCUCCAACGAGUCCUUCUCCUCCAGCCAGAGCACCGAGUCAGCCCAGGACGAGGAGACGCUGGCGCUCAGGGAGUUCAUGCGUGGCUACGUGGAGAAGAUCUUCUCCGGAGGGGAGGACUUGGACCAGGAGGAGAAAGCCAAGUUUGGCGAGUAUUGCAGCAGUGAAAAUGGAAAAGGCCGGGAGUGGUUUGCUCGCUACGUGAGCGCCCAGCGCUGCAACUCCAAGUGUGUCUCGGAACCGACCUUCUACCGCCUGGUGCAGUCAUUCGCGGUGGUGCUGUUUGAGUGCCAUCAGAUGGACGACUUUGGGCCCGCCAAGAACCUCAUGACCAUGUGCUUCACCUACUACCACAUCGGAAAACCACACCUGCUCCCCUCGGAAGCCAAGGAGAAGCCGGCGGGGAGCGUGGACUCCUACCUGAGGUCGGCAAAUAGCUGGUUGGCGGAGAAGAAGGACAUAGCCGAGCGGCUGCUGAAAAACACCUCGGCCAGGACGGAAAACGUGAAGGGCUUCUUCGGGGGGCUGGAGACCAAGCUGAAGGGCCCCCUGAUCAAGAAAAAUGAGGACGACGAGAACAAGCCCAGGGAGAAGCAGCAGAGGACAGUGACUGUGUGCAGCCCAGAGGACGAGAAGAAAGGGGAGAAGAUCUACCUGUAUACUCACCUGAAACAGCAGCCCAUCUGGCAUACACUGCGGUUCUGGAACGCGGCCUUUUUUGAUGCCGUCCACUGCGAGAGGAGGAAGCGAUCCCCCACUACCAGAGGGGAUGCUGGAGAGGAGGAGGAGAAGAGGGAGAAGUGGUGCCACAUGACCCAGGAGGAGCGAGACGACAGCCUCCGGUUCAACGAGAACAUCACCUUCGGGCAGCUGGGCACGUUCACGCACAACAUGCUGGCCUUUGGGCUGAACAAGAAGCUGUGCAACGACUUCCUGAAGAAGCAGGCCGUGAUCGGCAACCUGGAUGAAGAGCAAUACAAGCUGCUCAGUGAGCACAUCGAGCAAAUGGCCACUGAAUAGGCCACGGAGGCCACGCCCCCAGGAGGACUAGGCCGGCGACUGGCCGUCACCCACCUGAUGACCCUGCAUGACGCCAGCAGCACCCAGAGCCGCUCCUCGCUGCCCUAGAACUAGCGGUUAGAAGAACCCAGCUGCCCGUCCUCCCUCUGCCUGUGUCUGCUCCCCCGUUCCACGUGCCAGAGUGUCCCUUGGAUCUCACGGCUCACACUGAGGUGACCAGUUGUCUCCCCAAGCGCCAGGCUUACGACAUGUGACCCCGAGAGAGGAGGCCCAGGGCUGGAGAGGGUGGGGGCACAGGGAGUAGGCGGGAUGGCUGUGAGGCAGGCAGGGCUGUAGCUGACGGGCCAGGACAUGAGGACAGGCAUCAGUCAUCAGGAUGCCCGGGCCAUGCCCCCACCCCAGGUACAGACAAAACUGCGGUGUUGGCCUCGGCGGGUCCCUGCUCCUCUCCAGCCUCCCUCCGUGGGAUGGGAACUGGGAGUCUCAGGACCCCUAGGGGGAGAGACGCUUCCUGUUUCGGGGAGAGACAGGUCCCGUGCAGAGGGUGCUCUUUCCCGGCUGUAGCGAGACCCGGCCCCUGUCCAGGGACGUGUGAGUGCCCUGCAAACAGCACAGGAUUCGUGUGGCUUCCGUUGAGUCGCACUAGUGCCGAGGCGUCUGCUCGGCCGACGACUUCCCUCUGAAGCUUCCUCAGCGCGCCGGGAGCAGCUUGGCGCCGUCUGUCCCCCUUGAGAAGCACAGAAAAGAGAAACCUAGCAGCCACAAGACAGCCGCCCUUUCUAACAGCAAACAGUGCUGCUGUUCAUUUCAGACAAGGCACAGAGUCUGCUUGCUGUGACAGCCAGCUGGGGAGCGGCGGCUCUGUUGUGAUUGUCCAGGGCCAGCUAGCGGAGUGGGCUCUGGGCGCUGGGCCCUCCGCCCCUGUGGACUUCACUCCCGCAGCCCAAGCCUUCGUACCCCUUCCUCCACCCACGCCUGGUGCCUGGAACCUCGGCCUUCCUGCGGGGGUGUGUCCCAGCACAGAAGCCCAGCCGUGGGGAUGAGGCCUGACCCGCAGCCUCCAGUAUGCUGGCUCCCACGGCCCGCUGCUUCCUGCCCACCCUGGGCUUCCCGCCUCUGGUUGUGACUUGAGAUGGGUGCAUGGGGGUGUCCCCCACCCUCCCUCAUCCCCUCCUGCCUGCUCGUCCUGCCUUCCUAGCCUUCAGUUAAAUCAUUACCGUCGUAUCCCUAAGGACAGCAGAAACAUGCCUGAUAGUCACUUACCCAGCAACCGCUCGAAAGGUUUCUCUCCAGAAUGCCACCCAGGGAAUAGCAUGGAUGGGUUGAGCCACAGAAUGUGUAUUUGGGGCAUUAUCUGCAGUGUGGCGUCAUCUGAGUGCACUCAGGCAACACAUUGUCAGACCAAAGGAAUGGGGACCGGAGCCCAUGGCCUCUGGUGGCACAGCGUAUGUGUGUGUGAUUUUAGCCCGGCUGGCGGUGCCACCAGAUGGAGCACGACUGUGUUGCUAGCCGGCUUGCCCGAGCUGGACAGAUCGUGCCGGCCAAGGUGCCCUGCCCUGUUGUCAGGCCCCAGUGACCAUGUACAUCUCCACUGAAUCCAUUAGAGAAGUCACGUCGGGUCGAUGGGUGUGCGGACCCCUCUUUGCUCAGUGCCGACCUCAGACAAUGCACCCUCCCCAAACUCGCGGCCCUAGAAGCUUCCUGUCCUCCUCCCUGCGUCUGUGAAAUUCGCUGAACCUUCCGGGCGCCCCCCGUGGCCAUUGUCCUCAGCUUUCGUAGUCAUUUAUUAUUCGUGUCAGUGAAACGCAUUAGGACUUUGCUCUGAGGUGCCCACAAGACUUACCCCUGUAUAUAUAGGAUUUUUGUAUAGAUGUUUGGCUUGGUCUGAGUUCUCGGCAAGAACAUUCGAUUCUGAGCCUCUCUCUGGGGUGCUGGAGAGCCUGUACGCAGCUUUUGGAAGGAAAUGCAGCUUUGACUUCUUUGGCUUUUUUCCCAAGCACUUUAACUUCACAAAUGAUCUUAAUCUCCCCCCCUCCCCCAGUAGACCUCUU